AUGGCCUGCCGCAUCCUGGAUCUGCACAGUGUCCCAUAUGGCAGCCGGGAUGUUCUGUCCGACCCUGACCUCCGGGAAGGCAUCAAGCAAUUCACACACUGGCCCACCAUUCCUCAGAUCUUUGUCAAGGGCGAGUUCAUCGGCGGCAGCGACAUCCUGUACCAGAUGCAUCAGAGUGGGGAGCUGGAGACCCAGCUGAAGGAGGCUGCAGGUGUAUCGCCAGCAUCCUGA